AUGCUUGUGUCUGCAUACUGCUACCACCACCGUGGGGAGGAGUUCGGCAACCCGCUAGUGCCCUGGCCCGAGAUCAUGGCCAUGGGCCCUGAGGAGGGCAUGAUGGCACUCUGGCCCGUUAUGAGCAGCGCCAUCCAAGACAUGGUGGACCUCUACACGGGCACGACGGCCCAAGAGAUGUUCCAUGUGAAGUUCGAGGAGAUUGCCCCAUCAUCGGAAGGCUUUGACAGAGUGGUCCAGAGCCUCUUCCAUUUCCUCUUUGCGCCCAUGGUCCCAGAAGCAGAUCUGCAAAGGUCAUGGCAAGCAGCCAAGGUGGAGGACCUGAACGUGGACCCCAACUUCACGAAUGCGAUUGCAGAAAAUGGCCACGGCAACGACGACGAGUGCCUCAAGGCCGGUCAAGAAGCCAUGAUGCGGCUGGACCCACGCCUUGUGCAGCAGCUCAAGGACUGGCAAGCGCUCCUGGGAUACUCAACUGAGAACUGGCCGGACCCGAUCAUCGGCUGA